UGUACUUUCAGAUGGUAUAGUAGUCACAAGAUGCCAGUCUAGCUUACUAUAAAUACUCUGUUGCACAAGGAUGAAUAGGACAAAGAUAUAAAUAAGUAACUCUCAGCAGCUUCAUUAUCGAAGCUUUCUCAUCAGUUCAUAAGACUGUCAUCAUUCACAAACAGUGAUUUUCAUGUUUAUGAUUAGAUUAUACUAGUGCAUUUAAAUAUUGAAGUAUAAUAUAAAAACAGUAAGAGACUGUACACAGUUACCUUCAUAGUUAUGCAACAUGAUUCAUUGACAAGUGACUUCUGUUUUCAUUGUGCAUAGAAUAAUUGUUCUUUCAACCAUCUGUCAUAUUAAAACCGGUUCUAUGGUACUAAAAUUGGUACUGUAAAGGUAAACUUAGAAUAUAAUUGAUGCCCUAACAACACAAGACACUUCGCUAGCAUAGUUGGUAGCAGAAAGAGUUCUGUGAGACAAUUGUACAAUGAGUUUGACAUCUUUUUCGUUCUUCUAUUUAUCACUGCUACUAUUGAUAAAUAGAUUUGUUGGUAGCACAAUUACAGUAACAGAGGUUCCAGUUGGUCAUUUGGCUGAACUUCCAUGUUUAAGCAGUGAUGAUGAUCAUCGUUUUAUGUUUUGGCAACUUACGGACGAUAGACGCAUUAUUGGGCCUGGUAAUGAGAUGGAUGAAAACAAAUAUAACUAUGAAGUGUUAACUGGAAAACUUUUUAUUAGGGGUGUAUCAACAGCUGAAUCUGGUUUCUAUAAGUGCAUCUCAAAAGGCAUAUCAAAUCACUCUUCUAUAAACAUUCAUAAGGUUGAAUUAAUUGUUAAGAAAGAUUGGGAAGAUGUUUGGGAAAAUGAUUUUGAGACAAAUUUGUUACGAGGUAUGGCAGCUACUAUGGUAGUAGUUGUUGCAGUAGCAAUUGUUCUUUUUGUUAUCACAACAAAAAGGAAAAGGAGUCGCAGAUUUUUCGAUUUCGAAGAAUCAAGGGAAAAUUCGCCAGCAAAAUACACAACGCGUGUUAGUGCUGCUCCUACACUACCUAUACCAAUAGUUGAAGAAGGUGGCAUUGACAAUGCAGCUCUUGAUAUUGAUUUCCCUAGAGUAUUAAGACAAAUGCAGAAAUAACGAACUACAUUGUGAUAUACUGUAUAAAGCAAUUUUUUUUAUAGUAGAUUAUAAAAAAUUUUAUUUACAAGAUGUAUAAAAUCAUAAAUCGUUUAUGUACACAUGCAUAUAUUGGGCUUUCAAUUUAGCCAUUAAAGGUAUAUAAACAUUUCGUAACUAAUACUUGCAUAUAAUGUAUAAAUAAUGAUUCAAUAUUUUAGUUAAAUGUUAAUUAUUUUAACAAGUAUAAAAUAAUAACAUUAUUUUACACUA